GCACUGAUCCGCUGGUGACCACUGAUUACACUAUCAUGAACUGAAGGCAGCAGAAUAUACAUCUUCCGGGUGGCCAGGCAGCUGUAUUUCCAGAUCUAUAAGUCAGGGGCUGUUUUUCUCUUCUUUUGUCUCCUUUUUCCCAGUUCAAAAUCGAUAACCCCGCAGUCAAGAUGCAGUCCUCAGACCCAGGUCACUUUUUCGAGACAGAUGCAGAGCAGGCCACAAGGCAAAGAAGGGCGGCCAAGUCUGGCAACAGAUACGGCAACCCCAUCGUCUUAAAGUCCAAGAUCCUCGCAGCUGUGCUGGACCCCAGAUCCCCGUCUUCUGCUGUCUUGGUUGCCGAGUCUGCAGGAGCUGUGAGGAGGGUGGACUUUGAGGAUCCUGAAAACACCAAAGCAGUCUAUCGCGGCCCAACAACACCAGUCAGCUGUGUCACCGUCGGAGGCCCAAACAACGGGACACUCUUUGCUGGUGCCUGGGACAAGUCAGUCUGGUCUUGGGACUUGGACACCAAGACACCAGGGAAAAAGUACAUCGGCCACGCAGACUUUGUCAAAGCAGUCGUCUGCGCCAGGCUCCGAGGCAAAGACAUCCUCAUCAGUGGCGGCGCCGACAAGAAGAUCAUCGUCUGGGACAUCACCUCCGGAGCCCGCAUCCACACCCUCAAAGACGAUGUUGUCAACAUGCUCAGCAUCCAAGAUCUAGCCGUCGACCACGCAGCCUCAACCGAAUCCGAGAUCUCCCUCAUCAGUGCGAGCAGUGACCCGCAUAUUCGACGGUGGAAGAUUCGGACCGACGGCUGGGAGCAGGUGGUCGAGGAGCUGCCCAAUGCGCCUGGCACGGAAAGGCGGACAAUUUUGGAGCACGAGACAACCGUCUACAAACUCGUACUCGACCACGACGGGGACGAGGUUGACUUGUGGACGUCGAGCGGAGACGGGACGGCCAAGUGCCUGUCGAGGAUAAAGAACUUCAGCUGCGAGGACAGUUUUCAGCAUGGGGAUCAUGUUCGCGCUGUGGCUGUCACGGACCAAUGGGUGAUCACGGCUGGGAGGGACGAGGACAUCAAGUUCUGGGAUCGGGCUUCGGGGAAGCUGUACUGCUCUCUGCUGGGGCACUAUGAUGAGGUUACUGAGCUGGUGCUCUUGAAGAAUGCCAAGGGGUCGGCUGAGAGACUUUGCAGUGUUGGUAUCGACGGCACUGUUCGGGUGUGGCCCUUGGCAAAGGCAGGUCUGGACACUUUGGUUGAAGAACAGAAGAAGCCUGUCGCGGAGGAAAAAAGGGAGGAAACUAAACCCGAGGGCCUGCUGAGUGCCGAAGAGGAAGCAGAGCUCGCUGCCCUGAUGGAGGACAACGAUGAAGAAUAGAAAGUACCUCAGGCUUAGGCUCGGGCACGCCACCCUGGCUUGCAGUUCGUAUCUUUUGCCCUCAGACACUGUGUUCCUGCGUAUUGCUGCGGGUUGCUCUUCCAGACCUGCUUGUUUCAGUGUUCCCGUCGUUCUACACGUGGUUCCUGGGACGCCACCGGGUUUGAUUGCGCGUGAUUGCAAGGACUGAGCGUGAGCUGCAUGUUUCCGCUCAGCUUGACGGGAGGCUGCCUAGAGGCGUGCUAUUCGAGUCGGACGGAAGCGC